CUCUGUUACUCGACCCAAGCUCUUCAGCCAGGGACCUUCAGCCAGCGUCUAAGCUAUAUAUAGUUAUUGUCUUACAUGACGGGGUUAAAUGUGUUCCAAUAUGGCAGCACCGGCAGCUCCACCAAACACAGAGAGUGAUGAGGUUGACGAAUUAUUUUCACGGUUUAUGUCCGAGGUACUGGUUAGUUUAAUCCCUUGUACCAAAUUUAAUGUUUAUUUCCACACCAAACUUUGUUUACUUGCCUAAACUGAGACCCCAGGUUUUUGAUUACGAAAUCUAUUGUUGAUGUGGUCGCAUGGGUUAGCAUCUGUAUUUGCUCCAAAGGAGAAUUUUCAUUUUGCAGUGCUAAGAUGAUAAUCAGAUAAAGUGCCCCUUUUCUUUCGUGUCAGUAAUUUCUUCCUCGGAAACAUGAAGAAAUUUCUCGGCAGACGAGCGGCCAUUUUGGAAAAUAGUAUGUUAAUUUCGCGGGGCUAUUUUGAUAACGAUAACAUAUAAUGUAAUCAACUACCAAUCAAAAUCAUACUAACGCUGCGCCCUGAUGGUUUGAUAAAUUUACCUCGGGGUCUUUCACAAGUCUGUACAAUAUGUAAAAGGUCAUUUAGGCAAACCCUUUUUCAGUUGAAUGUUUAACCUCCAGGUCAAAGAGAUUGAGAAGCGAGAUUCUGUUUUAACUGGACCACAGCAGAUAGAGAGGCUGACAAGGCCUGGAUCUACUUACUUCAAUCUGAAUCCUUAUGAGGUAAAAUGUAAUUGAAGGUAAUCUUGGAUUGCAACGAAGAUUGGUCAAUUAUUCCUACCUAGAAAUAAAAAGUUGAAGAUUAUCAUUCAAAAAUUGCCUCAUUAUUACUUUCAAUACUUGCAACUUACUUUCAGGUGAUUAUUUUAAAUUUAAUUCAAUAUGUCUUUUUGGUAAUAUACUCUUGAUAAAACUAACUAAUUUGAAUCAGGAUUUUAUAGCUUUAUGUAAAAAAAAUUUGAUUUAGUUUUUAGUAUUUGAUGAUUUAGUGUACAUUCACUUAAGAUCAAAUGUAAAUCCCUGCUACAGGUAAGGUACAUGUAAACAAACUUAUUUGUCCCCUUGAAAUUUUGCAACAAAUGUGCUGCUUCUUAAAACUUGAAAAUCUUCGCUCACUUCUUCUGAUUUUCCAGGUUCUCCAGCUACCUACUGAUGCCAAAGAAGAAAUAAUAAGAAAACAAUACAGAAAGGUCAGUUCUCAAAAAGCAGCUUAGUAUUAAGUUCAACCAAAGUUUGCUAUUAUCCACAGAGUGCUCCCAAAAAUGCUGAAUCCUAAAAAGGACAUGCUUUUAAGCUGCAGCUUCAUUGCAGUUCUUUUUACACAUAAGGGAUUCACUUACCUCAACUAAAAGUGCAUACUGAUAACUGGAAAGAAAAUGUUAUAGAAGAGGUUUCUGAAAAUUUUCGGCUUAUUUGUAUGACUGUAUGAUAGGAUAUUUGUCUCCUUUGAUUUUUCUUUAUGACAUUGAUUAUUCUUUAUGACAUUGAUUAUUAUAAUGAUACUGGCCAUGAACAAGUUAAAUUUAUUUACCACAAUCUAAUCUUGUUUGAAAUAAAGCUGUCAUUCCUGGUCCAUCCUGACAAGAACAGAGAUGACUCAGACAGAGCCCAAAAAGCAUUUGAAGGUAUAUUAUACUGUUCAGUUGUAAGUUGGAAAAUGACACUUUUAUUGAUUAUCAAAUUCACCAUUUUGAAUUUAACCAAAAGGCUUUGAUUUAGUCUCAAAAGUUUUCCUUAAAUGCAUUUGUCUAUUGCAAGCACUCAGAGGGGUGCACCUUUUGGUUUGCAAUGAGCAGGCAUAGACUAGCAAGUGACAGAUUUAUGGGCAAAUAUUAAGAAUAGGGGUUGUGUCAGUGUCUAGAGAGUUAAACUGCUCCAAACCUCAGACUUCACAAGACUGAUUGUCGUGAAGAAUCUGUUGGAGAGUCUGUUGUCUUUGCAGUGAAAUUGGCAAGUGUUCUUCUUUUGUGAGGAUGAUGUUAAACUCAAGGUGCUUUCUUCUAAAUUUAUUAUGUCAUGGAUAGUAAGGGAUGUUGGAAGAGCCCAAACUGCAGGGUUUCCAUAAGUGGUUGGACACCAGGUGGAAAUUGAUUGUCUGUGACGUUGAAUUUCCUGGCUUCCUUCAAAAUUUCAAUCAAAAGAAAGAGAGUCCCCUGAAAUGACAUGGCUACUGGUCAAUAUGUUGUUUAAACAUGUAAACCCAAGUUGGUCUAUUCUUUUUUUAAUCAAAUUUUUCUCCAAAAUGUGUUAUUAAUGGAACUAUGUCAGUCAUUUUUAUCAAGAUUGGUAUUGUCACAGUAAAGGUAGAAGUCAGCUGAAAGAACUUGAGAAAAUCUCAAAUGUUCUUGGUCUCACAUCUUGAGAAUGCUAGAAAGCUUGCACAAAGUUGAGGAGAAAUUCAAAAUGGUGGUUGCCAUCUAACAUGCUGAAGUAAAAAGCACCCUUCAGUGGUAGUCUAUUUAAAUCAAUUAAUCAGUCCAACUUUAUUUAUCGAGGGUAGCAUGAAACUGUUACAAUACUGAUGAGCUUGUGGCACUCCUAUAUCAAAUAAUUAUAUCCCAUGGAUAUACUAAAAAUACCCUAUAUAUGUAUAAAUAUAUAUGGUAAAAUAAAUUGGCAAUGCUAAUUUACUUUAAAUUGAUGAAUGUCCUUAUUCAAAUGGCAAAAGUAGUCAUUUAGGUAUUUACAUAGAUCUGAAUUUGAAUUUGACAUCUUAAUUUUGUCUUUAACACUGGUUGGAAAUGAAUUCCAAAGUUUUGCAUUACUUACUGAGAAUUUCCAACCACCCUCAGUUUCCCUAUUAAAUCUCUUACAGACAAGGUUCCAUUCUCUGUAUCAACUUUUCCUAUGAUGUUUAUCUGAAUUCCUGAUAAUUAAACUGUUCAUAUAUUGAGGGCAAUCACCUACUAGGCUCUUAUGAAUGAGUAAACAAUUAUUUAUUUUUGCAUCAUCUUAAAAUGGAAGCCAUCCAAAUCUAGGAAAGAGCUUAAUACUGUUGUCUCUGGUGUCUGCUUUUAAUAUAACACGAGCUGCACAUUUUUGUAGCUUUAGGACUUUGGUGAGGUUAUCCAUAGAACAAGAAGUCCAUACAGUAGAGCCAUACAUCAUUACUUGAUUGAUUAAUGAGUUGUAGUAUAAGAUCCUCUGCUCGAUUGGCAAAAAUUGUCUAAUUUUCUUUAAUAUGGCAAUUCAUUGUGACAGUCUUUUGCAAAGUUCAUUGACAUGGUCAUCAAAGCUAAGUUUGUCAUCAAUAAGACACCUAGAAGCUUUCGACACUCAACUUGUCUCAGCUGUUUCCCAUUCACUUGAAUUGAGAGUUUAUUGUUUUCCAUACAUUUGCAUAGCCUCUUUCCAGUUACAAACAUGCAUUUUGUUUUUGAUUAAUUCAGGAUCAUUUUGUUGUCAUUAGAACUUUUUACAAUUCCCUCAAUGUCACUUUACAAGUUUGUAGAUAGCAUGUCUGGUGUGUUGUUGACAUCACAUUAAUGGCUCAAAGUUGGGUAAAAGUGAAGAACAGUUCCCAAAGAUACUGUCGGCCGUCUGUUGGCCAACUGUCGGCUAAAGUUGGGCAACAGUCGACCAACUGUUGAUUGACCGUCGGCCGACAGUUGGCCGACGGAUGGCCAACAGUCAGCCAACAGUUUUUGUAAUGUUAUAGACUAAAGUGUCGGCCAACAGUUGGCUAACAGUCAGCCGCUUGUUGGUAACUUGUUGGUGACCUGUUGGUAAUGUGUCAGUAAGUCAUGUGCUGAAAUGAUUGCAAACAGUUACUUAUUUAUCACUUCAAUAACUACGUCAAGACAGGAAAAAUUAAUUGCAGAGAGAUAGUUAGUAUGCCUAUUGGCUAACUUGCCUGCGUUGGCAGCAAAACAUGCCCAUAUUGGUUCGAUUUCAUGAAUCAUUUUGAGUUACCUGCUCUUAUCCAGAGUUUUCAAAGUGUUUUCACAUUUUUGAGGUCAUAAUACGCCACAAAAGGCAACGAUCGCGACCUGUCACAAGAAAAGAAAGAUUAGUCAGACAUACAUGAAUUAUUGUAAACUAUGGUUUUGCAAUGCAUUAUAGGGCAAUUGAAAAACUUCCUUUUUGCUACCAAGUAAACAAGCCUAUUUUAGUGUAAAAAUACAAGUUAGGAAGUAGGUAAAUACAAAAAUUGAUACAUACGGUCUGGUUAACACCGUCGGCUGGCUGUUGGUAAUGUGUCGGCUGACAGCUGGCCGACAGGUUACCGACAGCCAAACAUGGGAGCUAUUGUUCACUUUUACUCAAAGUUGUAUCAUCCACAUACAUGUCAAUGGUAGAAUGCUGUACUGUGGCUGGUAAAUUGUUCACAAAGACCAGAAACAACAUUCUUGUGGUCAAGAUCGAAGAGUAGCUGAUCUAUCAAAUGUAUUAGAGCUGUCUCAGUCAAGUGGGAUUUUCUGAAACCGGAUUGAAGUUUGUGCAGUUUAUUGUAGCUCUUGAGGUGACUAUAUAAAGAUUUGCAAACAUGUUUUUCAAAUACCUUAGAUAGGAUAGGUAGCACAGAAAUGGGUCUGUUAUUGUUUAUGUUGUCCUUACUCCCUUGCUUUUUGAAGAUCGGUGUUACUUUGGCAACCUUCCACUUGGAGGGAAAGUUUGCUUUGUUAAGGCAAUGGUUAAUCAGCCUGCAUAGUGGGCUUGAUGUGGCACUGGCUGUGAUCUUUAACAGCUUUGCACUGAUCCCAUCGUCUCCUGUGGCUUUGUGUGGUGGAACUGACAGGAAAAUCUCUACAACCCUUUUUGGUGCAAUGUGUGGAAUCUUUAAAGCAUUUCCACUCUGAGUUCCUUUACAAUAAUUUGAAGCAGCUAUGUCUUCACCGAUGUCUUGAGCAUUGAACAAAUCUAUUGGUUGUUUAACAAAGAAUUAGUUCAAUUCAUUGGCAAUGCUUUCUUUGCCUUUCAAGUAGCCUCGCUCACACUUUAUACAUUCAAUGCUAUCUUUACUUGAGUACAAUUCAUGUGUUAAGCCUUUGAUUAAAUCCCAGAGUUUCUUAGAAUUGUGCUUGUUUUCAGACAUUUUCUUGUUAAAAUAGGACUUAUUACUUUCCCUUAUUAGCUUUGAUACAUUGUUCCUUGAAUGUUUAUAAUUCGACCAAUCACUGUCUGACUGGCUAUGCUUUGCUUUCAUCAGUAGUUUAUCCCUUUUUUUCAUUUCUCGUUAUAUUUCACUUGUGAACCAUUAAGGACGAACCUUUCUUUUCACCUUUUUACAUUGUAUAGGCAAGUGUUCAUCUACCACAUUCUCAAGUAUUUUGUACCAAGCAUUGAUGAAAGCUGUGUCCCAGGGGGCUUCUUUUAAUGCAGCAUUAAGCUAAGCUUUCCUUUUUCAAGUUUUUUACAAUUUCUAUAGGUCAUCACAAUAUGCUCGUUUUCUUUGUUAUUGUUUCUGUUAUUGUCAAGUUUGUAUGUUCUGGUCUCAAAAAUAGGCAAAUGAUCUGACAUUCCCACUGUCAUUGUGUAUACAUUGUUCAUAUGUUCUGGGUGACUGGCCCAAAUGUGAUCCAAGUAAGUGCCUGACACUGGCCUGGUAAUUGUGUUUACAAGCUGGACCAUACGCAAAUCACUCAAUAUUUACAUAAGUUUAAAUUUUUUUUAAUUUGGCCGAGUUUGAAAAAUCUACUUUGAGGUCACCCAUUAAAACCAUUUCUCUGUUUCUUAGUUGUAUGUUUUUGAUGUUCUUGCCUUAUUUCUUAUCAUCCUUGACUUUAUUAGAAGAUGGCCUGUAAAUACCUCCAAUAAAUGAGGAAGGCUUUGAUUUAUGGGAGCAUACCCUCAGCCAUAAUUAUUCAAUAUCAGAAACUUGAAAGUUAGACCUUUUUUUGACAAAGGUCGAGUUGGUUAUGAAAGCCAGAAUUCCAUGGCCUUUUUUGCCAACCCUGUCCUUUUAAAAUAGUGCAUAACCAGGAAUAUUGUAAAAUGAGUCUGUUAUUUUACUGGAACAAAACAUUUCAGCACGAAAUAGAAUAUCAAGAUCUUUGAGUUCCUUAAGAAACAUGAUUUUUAUCUCUUCAAACUUACUGUCAGUUAGAUGCUGAAUGUCCCGUGACAUAGGUUUAAUCCAUGACUUGUAGGAACGGGACCGGAUUUCUUUGAACAUCACCAGACAAUAAAAGACCAAGUAGUGAUAUAUGCAAAGGCUUGUCGGGGAAGAAGCAAAGCCAUAUUUGUAAUGCAAAGGGUAGCUUGUAGGAGUACUGCAUCUUUCGUUGACACCCAAGAAGGGCACAAAUACGGAGAAAUAUCUGCCAAGGGUUUACUUAAACCACCAUGUGCUGGUUUAAAGUUGUUGUGAACAUGACUUCCAUUUUGAAAGAAGAAAUGUUGUUGCAAAAGCAGGACUAUGAUACGCAGUGCAAUAGCCCUGACCAUCAGCAUUAGCACCAUAUUGCCAUGUAUAAAUAGUGGAAAAUAAUAUCUGGUUAAUGUUGACAGAAUAUUAAAUCAAUCAGCUCAAAAAGCUGUUAAAUAUAAAAGGUGAAAAACAGGGUUUUUAUGAUUCAAAUUUGUGUAUCAAAGAUGGAAAUUGAACAAUGGAACUUAAGUGAAUCACAAAAUGUUUGUGAUCUCACCCUGUGAGAUUGCUCUGAAAACUUUACAAAAAUGUUAGGGACUUAAGGGUACUUUCUCAUUUACCAUGUGAUAACUUAACAGUUGUGGAUCUUUUGAAAGCCAGUAACCCUAACCCUAACAAUAACAUAUUUGUUACUGCCCCAUAUUUCCUCAUGUGUCUCCUAAAAUGAAAAAGUGUAUUAACUAAUAAGAUAUACAGAUUUGACAAGUAAAUGAUUGAUUAUUUGCACUUGUCAACCCUUUGAUGGGUUAAUUAAGUCAUCACUCUGUUAUCUUAAGUAUUGAUACAUGUUUGGGAACUGAAGCAUGUUUCUGCUCCAAAAUGCACAAAAAUGCAUCUGUAACUGACAAAUUUUAAACUUUUUUCGGGAAGCACACAUGCUGAGUACCUACAGUUGCUAGGGCAAGAACCAUCAAGCCUUGUAUAAGGUAUGCCUGCAUGCCAAAUCCAGAUACCUUGCUGCUCCAUACAUCAAUGAAACUCCCACAUACUUUUAUCAUUAACCGUUGGGGAUGGCUUAUGAUGUCCAACCCAAUCAGUUUGUUAGCUUAAAAACUGACAUUUUAUUGGCUGAUAGAGCUCCAAUGUAAACAAGCCUUUGGACUAUUUAAGUUUGACUUGAAGUAUAUCAGACCACCUGAUGUACUGUCAAUGUUUGUACUUAUUUAUUCAUCUGUUUUUCUACCCACAUCUAAUCACUCCAGCUGUCAGUAAUGCUCAUCAGUUACUUUUGGAUAAUGACAGAAUGAAAAAGGUUCAUGAAAUUCUUGAAGAAGCACAAGCAAUGGUCAAGGCUAAUGUAAGUGACCUCUAUCUAGGAAAUGGGAAUGUUAGAUAUUCUUCAUGUAUCAUUGUCUGGAAAGGCUGGAAAUGAUCACUUACAACAAAAACCCUAAAACUAAUCUAUGGGAAAAUAAAUUUUCAGUGUUGAUACUAAAUUAAUCAUGAACAUGACACAAAGACAUGCAAUAUACAUAUAUGUGCAUCUCUGGGAGAAUUCUUAGUGAUUCAAAUGUAUGUGAGGACUGCUUUAUGAGUGCAAAGUCCUGAAUAUUUCAAUUGCCUGAUAAUAUACAAACUUGCUAAGUGUUAUUAUCUUACUAUGAAGUUUAUAGUAAACAUGAUUAUUGUGCAAAAUAAAUUUUUUAAUUACAAAUCAUCAUUGAUUGUUGCUGUGAAAUAUUUGGCUUAGACAGGCAUACUUCAAGUUUUCUUUGGUUAUAAUUUAUAGCUAGGGGCUAUAUCAUCACUGAUAUGUGUUCUUAAUUUUUUCUUUGUUCAAUAAAUCAUAUUACUCCAACUUUAUUUUUUUUCAUGAAUCAAUGUAGGGUGUAAUGAUGUAAGGGCAUACUUCAAUAGUAUAUAUUUUUGUGAACUGUGCAGCUAAACCAGGGUGUCCUAUUUUAGCUUAAGGAAAAGAAAAAGCAAGCAAGGAAAGAGGGCAGAGAGAAGAUUGAAGAAGAGGAAGAUCCAGAUAAGGUAAAGAAACGAUAAUGUUCAGUUUAUCAGGAAUUUUACACAUAUGAUCCUUUUGCAUGGAGCAAGUUUGUGUUUUAAUGCUCACCACGUGCAUUGUAGAAGAAAUAUAAGUACUAGUCUAUCUGAAUCAUUAUUGUUGGAAGAUUCUAUAAUGGUUAAAUAGUUUGUUUCAAGUUAAAACUGAAAUAUAUAUCGUGCUUGUUAUCUUAGGUGUGAUAUUUCAAUCAAGGAAGUGUUAAUAGAUGACAUUCAGAAGUAAUUUGUUCGCCCAGUGUUGACCUUGUGCUUUUAUGCACACCAAACUGUCUAUGAAUAAACCCAAAUGAAUAAAAAAUACAUUGUAAACUGAACUGAGAGUUAAGAAAAUCUAAACUGUCCAAACUUUAACAGUUACAGCAAACAACUAUUUUAUUGACUUGACACUGAGAGCAAGAAAUUGCACAAAUGAAAACAAUACAAAUUCAUACAGAACACGAUUGUACAAACUAGUUUGUAGUCAGGAGGACAGUGUUGAUAGCGACACUAAUAAAUCAAGAGAUGAUGUUUGUGGGCAUAAAUAUGUUUUGGAUGUGACUCAGUGUCAUUUUAGAUCUGACAAGGGCUUAAACAUUUGUAUGCCCACAAACAUUAACUUAAGUCAAAUAUUAUCACUUGGAAGGGAUUGAGGAAAUAAUAGCUGGAAAAAUACACAGUCUGAACAAUCACAGGGGUAUGUAAGCAGGCCAAAAUACAUUGUAGCUUGCAAAAUACACUGCUAUGCCUCACAAAGUGACAAUAGUGUAGAUUUGUGUCACUUUACAUGGAGAUUUGAUGGUGAUGAUGAUGAUAUCAUGACAAGUAAAUCCUGUAUCUUUUAUUGCAGUAUAAAGAUGAUUGAAUUAAAACCACAAUGAUUUCAAUAUACUUUUGUUUGUAUUCUAUCCAUAGUUAUCAAAACUAGUCCACUCCACAACUGUCAAACUGUUUGCUGAUUAUGAAAUUAAGAGGAGGGCACAAGAGGAAAAAGAUACUGAGCUGAGGUAAAACUACUGCAGGAGAAAAUAGUAGAAAGCAAAGUGAUUUGUCACUCUUUGAGAUUUAGCAUUCCAGUCAAUUGGCUGUAUUCCUGUUCAUGUAGUCCAAUGCUUUUGCAAGCAUAUAACUAUAUGCAGCCAUAGCAUCAAUCCACUCUAAUUGCAUUUUUUAGCAAAACAUUUUGUUCAUAAACACGAGUUUGACCUUCAUACAGGAAGCGACAACGUGAACAAGAGAUAGCUGAAGAAGAAGCAACAAAGAAGAAGAAAGAGUGGGAAAAACAAUGGGAGGUAAGUUCCCUUGAAAAUAAGGCAUAUUCCAAAGUUCAAGUACAGCAUAAGCUUUUCCUUUGAAAUUAAUAUCCUUUUGGUGAAAAUAAACUUAAGUGACAAGCCCUUUAGUUUGAAGCUGUUUGAUGAGAGUUUUCCAAGUUAUUUAAGAAACCUAUAUUCCCUUAUCAUGCUGUUUCAGCUUUGUAAUAAUUUUAGAUUCGUUUGAUUACAAUUAUUUACUCUAACUUUCAUUUCCCUUUGAAAGGAAAGUCGCACAAACCGCGUAGAUAGUUGGAGAACGUUUCAAGCUGGAGGGAAAAAGAAGAAAGAAAAGAGGGGUCGCACUGCUUUCAAACCACCUGCCCUUAGACCUGAGAAACGCUGAGCAUCAGAGAGUGUUCUAAGUCCUAAAUCGCUAAAAUUGCUGUAUACAUGUAUCUCAGCACUCCCUGAUUAUUCUUUCAACUGUAAAUAUUUUUAUACUCAUUAUCUGAAGCGUAAUAAAUUCUGACAUGGUUAUGUUGCAU